AUGUCUAAGAGAAGAAAGAAUAGCUCAUCUUCAUCAUCAUCAUCGUCUUCAUCUUCCUCUCCAGAGAAAAAGAUCUUUAUAAACUAAUGUGACAAGUAUAAGGAAGAAAAAUAGUCUGAAAUUCGGAUACAUUUCUACUUCAAAGAUUUGUACAUUGGAGGAUUGCGAGAAGAUGAAUUUUUGUUUUAUUUACAUGGAAGAAUAUAAAAGGCUGUAAGAAUCUCUCUUUCUAAAAGAGGGUCCAUGCGAUUUGUUACAAAUUAGUUCAAUUAAUAAGGAAACAUAAACAAUUGAUGUAGCUGUGGGAUUCAAAUACGAUGACGAUGCACUCAAAGUUUAUUAGGGAAAGGUCUCUGUAAAAACAAAAGAUAAGCUUACCCCAAUCGUAUCUAAAGUGUACACCGAAAUGCUCAAAGAAUAAGGAAAUAUGAUAAAAGAAUAAUAGAGUGAUUUUCGUAAGUCCCAAUAAAAAGAAUUGUCCCGUGAAAAGGAGAAACCAUAGUAAUACUUACCAACAUAUAACUGUAUCAAUAUAACAAAUUUAGAUAAUAUAUCGAAGGAAUAAUUAUACAUCUUUGGAAUUCCUAAAGAAUUUACUAUAGAAGAAUGCAUAUCCGAAAUUAAGUAGGUGUAUGACUUAGUGGUUAAACCUGAAGGAAUCUUUAGAUCUGAAAAGAGUGGAGACAUAUUAUUUGAAUAUUUGGAAUUGUAAGUGGAAAGGAUACCUUGUUAAUAGAUUCUAAAGAAGUAGCCAUUAGUAUUAAAGAAUAUUUCUUUAUUAUGCAUAUAAAAGAAGAAGCGAUCAGAUCCUUUUAAUGAAGUAUUAAAACCUUAUUAGGUGAUCUUAAAUGGCAAAGUAAAUCUAUCAUAAGUCUAUGCUCAUAUGAAUUCAAUAGGAGGUGUAUUAUUUCAUUAAAUUAGGUAAUUAUUUAUAUAUAUUUACAAAUUAAAUAGUGAAACCAAAUAUUGUAUAAUUAUGCAUAAUGAAUAAUCAGUGAUUGACUUAAAAUUGCCUUGCAAUAUAGAAAUAUAAAAAGUUUAAUGUUAAAUCAAUUAAAAUUCUGACUUUACUAUGCAAAUGGGAAGACCUAAUUUAAAUGAAACCACUUAUUAUAAGAUUUAAGAGUUCAAAAAGAAACAGGAAGAAAUGAAAUUGGCUCGUUUACAUUCGAGUUCAAGUUCGAGUUCAAGUUCAAGUUCCAGUUCAAGUUCUAGAAGUAGAAGCAGAAACAAAAAGAAGAAGAAACAUCAUCACAAAAAAAAGUAUUGAG